AUGGAAGAAUUAAACAAAACCAAAAAACAAAGAGAGGGAGAGAAGGAGGAAGAGAGACGGGGAGAGAGAGUGAAGAGUGAGGGAAACAGAGAGGGAAAUGAGCAAGUGGUCGUCCUUAGCGCGUCCUGCUCCAGUGACGAAAGCACCAGUGGUGCCGAGGAGGAAGCGUCUGCGCGGCGGCUACGAAGCCACACCAAAAAGGCUGAGCCGGCGCCAAAGGUGACCCUGAGGUUCAUCCCAGGGGAAAAGAAGAAAAAGAGGGCCCUGAGGGACUCGUCCGGCGAGGAGGCAGGACCAGCCGUAGCGAACAAAUUGUCCACGGCGGCCAGAGGCCGGAUACGAGGCAAUGCAGGAAAGCAUACUUUCCUGAAGGCGGCAAAUGAAGACCUGGCGAAGGGGUUGGAGAGCGAAUCGGGCGACUCCGACCCCACAUACCGAUGUUCCUAUCGGCCGCCAAGCUCGACUGCAACGAGGACGCAGCCAAGCAGGGAGCAGCAGGGCGCCGGCGAAGAACUGCGCAAGCUCCGCGCGGACAACGCUCGACUAGCCAAAGAGCUUGAGCUGGUCCGCGCGGAAUUACGCGCCUUUAAGGAGGCAUACUCGGAGUCGCAAAAGCGAACGAACGCGAUUGCGACUCCGAGGGAGGCGCCCGAGGCCCAGCCGGGCCUAGAGGAGGUGCUGAAGAGCGCCCUGGAGGAGAUGAGGCGCGAACUCCUACAAUCUGUUGGCGGGAUGGUGAAUGCCCGCCUUCAAGGCUUAGAGUCGCGCCUCCCCCCAGAGCCAGUGGUUAGGCCCCCACUGGCAGCGGACAAGCGGCAGCCGCCGCCGCCGCCCCGGCCUGAAGCCCGAUCCGGCCCGGCAGCAGAGGCCAUAAGAGGAGACCCGGCGGAACCGGCUCAGGCCCCUAAGGCCAAAGCCAGGCCGGCCAGACGGGGGCCCAAAACGGGCCCCAAAGAACGACCAACUGGCCCUCCACCUCCCCCUCCCCCCUCUCAGGAAUUGAGAGGACGGGCAGGGGGAGCCCAGCUACACAAAGCUGUAGCGGGCCAGGAGGACAACGCUCCCCAGGCAUCGGGGAGCGAAGUCCAAUGGUCAAAGGUGGUCGGCCGAAAGGCUAAGAAAAAGGGCAAAGCUCCGAAUCCAGCCGGAGCUCCCCCCCAAAGCGAUACAACCCGGCGGGGGACUGUGGCCACCCCCCUCACCAAGGCAGUUAAGAUCGUAGCCCCCAAGACGGCUGCUAUAAGCCUCACCCUUAAAAAGGACCCUGGAGACGGUGAGGAUCCGGACAAGCAUGACCGGAUCCAAACUCAUGGAAGUGGGGGGGAAACCCCUGAAGAGACUGCAGACCGCCUAGCCUCCGAGCUAACAAAAGUUAUUGGGGACUGGGCGGACAUCGCCCGCCCGUCCAAAUUGGUCGACCUCAGGGGUCACUGGCCUGGAUGA